AUGAAGAUUACCUCCACGGCUACUUUGAUUUCCCUCCUCUUCUCGUCGGCUGCUUUGGCUGCCCCUUCACUCUCUCUAUGGAACGAACAGUCACCGAUCCAACUAAAUAAAGAACUUUCAGUUCCUGGAGAAAAUCCGUUGACAUACUGCUCUGCUCCAGACCAGAAUAUUUUGACGAUUGAGCGAGUGGAUUUAUUCCCAAAUCCCCCUUUGGCGGGCAAAACUCUCACAAUCAAGGCCACUGGAACUUUUUCCAAACAAGUUGAAGAGGGUGCUAAAGUUCUACUCCAAGUGAAAUAUGGCCUGAUCCGAUUGAUCAACCAAACCGCAGACCUAUGUGAACAGAUUGAAAACGUUGACCUGCACUGCCCUCUCGAGAAAGGCAAGAUGGUAUUCACAAAGGAUAUUGAGCUGCCAAAGACUAUCCCAGCAGGGAAAUAUACCGUAAAUGCCGACGUUAUCACCAAAGACGGUGAAAAGGUAACCUGUCUCGAGGCUGCCGUUACCUUCGACUUGAUGAUCUGA